CAAUUUUGCAAUUCUGCUAAUAGUUCUAUGGAUAAAAUUAAAAAAGAAAAUAUAAGCAAGAGUUUUUGUAAGAGAGUAAUUGACUUAACAAUUGAUUCUUCAUCAGAUUCUUAUUUUCUAGUUAUUGAAUUGGAUGAUUUGGGAGUUGAUAUAAUAGUAAAUGAAUAUA